GCGAGGGGGAUACGAUCGUGAACGAGCGCGCAGUCAGGCUGGCUGAUACCGUUAGUCACGUCUGGGAUCUGCAGCGAUAGAGAGAGAGAGAUGCUGAGGUGACAGGGAGAGAGAAGUAGAAAAGGGACGAUUAAAUCAAACUCAUUAUGUCACUGCUGAAUUCACAUGUCUGUAUGUAAACCUCAGCUGCAGAAUCAACGUUGCAUGCAUAACGCGCCGCUCUGCGGAAUUCCACUCAAUGUCUCAACAUUCCGUCAAGACAAACAUAGAGGAUUAUUUGUAACCACGCCCGGCUCCUUUCGGAUCAAGGAUCGGAGCGGUCAAGGUCUCUACGGGAACCUGAUGCCCGACCCAAUCUAAUACGGCUGGUGGUAGUUAGCAGGAGUGGUAGCAAAGGAAGACCCACAGUGAGCAGCAGUCCACCGCAGGCGGGAUGAGUGCUGCAGCGAUGGACCAAGCUGACAUCCUCACUGUGCUUGUCCUGGUCAAGGAACGAUGGAAAGUGACAAAGAAGAUCGGCGGCGGUGGCUUUGGGGAGAUCUACGAGGCGUUGGACCUGCUGACCAGGGUCAGUGUUGCUCUGAAGGUGGAGUCGGCACAGCAGCCUAAACAGGUCCUCAAGAUGGAGGUGGCUGUCCUCAAGAAACUCCAGGGUAAAGAACACGUGUGUCGCUUUGUUGGAUGCGGCCGCAAUGACCGUUUCAACUAUGUGGUGAUGGAGCUUCAGGGGCGUAACCUGGCAGAGCUGAGGCGGAGUAUGACGCGGGGCACGUUUACAGUCAGCACCACCCUGAGACUGGGACGACAGACACUAGAAGCUAUAGAGAGCAUCCACUCUGUUGGCUUCCUGCACAGAGACAUCAAACCAUCCAACUUUGCCAUGGGCCGGUUCCCCAGUACCUGUAGGACCUGCUACAUGCUGGACUUUGGCCUGGCACGCCAGUUCACUAACUCCUGCCAAGAGGUCCGACCGCCUCGGCCAGUAGCAGGGUUCAGAGGCACAGUCCGCUAUGCUUCCGUCAACGCACACAAGAACAAGGAGAUGGGUCGGCAUGACGACCUGUGGUCCCUCUUCUACAUGCUGGUGGAGUUCAUGGUUGGACAGUUGCCAUGGAGAAAGAUCAAAGACAAGGAGCAUGUAGGGAAGCUGAAGGACACCUAUGACCACAGGCUCAUGCUGAAACACCUGCCUGCUGAGUUCACUGUCUUCCUGGAUCACAUCUCUAACCUGGACUACUUCACCAAACCAGACUAUCAGCUGCUGUUGUCAGUGUUUGACAACAGUAUGAAGACCUACAACGUGGUGGAGAAUGACCCGUAUGACUGGGAGAGGACUGGGUCUGAUGGUACUCUGACCAUCAACGCUACAGCCACCACACCACAGCACCACACGCGACUCACCCCAGCACACAUGGGCAUGGCCAAUGCAUCCCUGAUCCCUGGGGACCUGGCGAGGGAGAACACAGACGAUGUUCUGCAGGACGAGCAGCUUAGUGACAACGGGGAGAACAACCCUCCUCCAGACCGACGCCCCGGAUCCCCCAGCAUGCCCCGGGCCAACCAGGAAGCUGACGUCUGGGAGGAGCUGGACCGUAACCGUAACCGCAUCAGGACCGCUGUGUGGAAGGCAGCAACAGAGGAAGAGAACAGCAACAACCAGGGGGGUCUCCAGAGCCCGUAUGCCAACCUCAGCCUGGGCUCCCCUGUCCGGGUACACUCUGAGAUAGUGGGGGUGUCAGGACAGGAUGGUGGUAGUCCUCUCCUCAGGAAGCUCCGUAACAUCCACAGCUUUGAGCUGGACAGGAGGCUGACCCUGGAGACCAAGCCCAGUCCUGAACGGUUCAUGGAGGCGUGCUCAGGGAAUCAGCUGGAGGGCUGUGGGCAGCAGCAGGAGAAGGGCCUGGCUGUACCCACUGGAGGUGCCACAGGACCAGGGCGUGGUGGCACUGACCGAGUCUGGCACAACGACGAGGAGUUCCUAUCCGGUGGCGGUGCCAGCGGUUCACCCAAACCCGUCUCCCCUCACUCCCACAGGUCUCUGGAACAGGGCGAGGGGGCCCCCAGCAGCGGAGGCUUCGUGGCCCUCAACCUGAGCUCCGGCCAUGGGAAGGUUGACUCCAGGGAGUGGGUGAUGAUGGAGAGGCCCAGCGGGUCCCCAGGGACAGGAAUGGGAGAUAAAGCUACGACCAGCCCCUCCAAGGAGGAAGAAGAGGAGCUGCAGGUGCUGGAGGUACCCCUGGGGUCAGGAGAGGGGUCCACGGGGAACCCCAGUCCUGGUCAGAUCCACGGGGACAGGAAUGGGGACCUCCAGGGGCAUCCAGGCGCCAACGGACGACCCCCCAGGGUGGACAGACUGGAACUGAGUGUGGGACCUACGGGAAGCCUGCCCCCCGUCACCCCCUCUAGCCCUGCUGAUGCCCUGGCUGAGGGAGCACUCACACAGCUCCCUACCUCUCCUCCAUCUCUGCCUGAGGAGGUGUUGGCCAGGAUGUCCAGUCCCCUGCUCCUGCGUUCCCCAAGCCCGCACACCCAGACCCUCCUCACCACCCUGUCGGACCCCCUGCACCAGAGGGACCCCCCUGGGAUGAGUCGCAGCUACUCAGCCGACCACCACAACCAGUACCUCCUCCAUCCCACCUCCUCUUCCUCCUACCACGCCUCCCUACCGCCACCUCCUCACCCCGGCCUCGGUUCCGCCCGUAACCAAUCACCCUCCGGGCGCAGGAAACUGCCCGCUAUUCCGGCGGGCGCCGCCAGCAGCAAGUUCCCUUCCGUUAUACGCAUCACACGAGCCCAACUCCAGCAGCUGACAGCUCAGCAGUCCCCGUCUGGCUCAGACUGUGCUCCACAGGGCCUACAGCUGGAGAGACGAGAAGAUGCAGCAGCUGAGGCCCAGCAGCCCCAGGAUAAUACUGCUACCACUGACAUCUACAUCCUGCCCACCCCUAGCCACACCCCUAGCCAGCCCGGCAGCCCCACCAGCCUGGAUGACCUCCUGGCAGAUACCCUGAUCAACGGACGAGACACCCAGACCUACACCAAAGCCCACAGCCCUGUGCCAAGCCGAGCGUCCUCUCCUCGCUCCCCCCAUUCUCCUCGCUCCCCCUGUUCUCCUCGCUCCCCCCAUUCUCCUCGCUCCCCCCGUUCUCCUCGCUCCCCCCGUUCUCCUCGCUCCCCCCGUUCUCCUCGCUCCCCCCAUUCUCCUCGCUCCCCCCGUUCUCCUCGCUCCCCCCGUUCUCCUCAUUCUCCACGUUCUAAUUCUCCUCGCUCCUCCCAUUCUCCUCGCUCCCCCCGUUCUCCUCGCUCCCCCCGUUCUCCUCGCUCCCCCCAUUCUCCUCGCUCCCCCCGUUCUCUUCGCUCCCCCCAUUCUCCUCGCUCCCCCCGUUCUCCUCGCUCCCCCCGUUCUCCUCAAUCUCCACGUUCUAAUUCUCCUCGCUCCCCCCAUUCUCCUCGCUCCCCCCGUUCUCCUCGCUCCCCCCGUUCUUCUCAUUCUCCACGUUCUAAUUCCCCUAAGUCCCCCCACAGCCCACUGUUCGGCCUAGUAAACGGCCAUCUCUCUCCCCCAGCUAACGGCCAGGGAGACGUCAGUGGCUGUGGAGCCUUUCCAGAGCUCAAAGACCCUGAGAGUGACCAACCCCAGCCUGACAGGGGUGAUGGGGUGGAGACCACUGACCAAACCCCAGCUCUGACCACCCCCUCUCCGCCACCCAGUCCCCGUAAGGACCCCUCCCGCAAGCUGAGCCGUAUCCCCGUCCUGCUGGACCUUCUCCCCACCCCUGGCUCUGCCAUGGAGAAGCUGCUCCAGAAGAAAGCCCCCCACCACCAGGGAGGAGGCCACCACCCAGCCCCCUCUCCCUCUAUCUCCCACCGCGGCCCCGUCGUGGCCUUGCUCCCCCACGGGGACCAGCUGUCCUCCGCCUCAGACCACUCUGAGAAGGCCGAUGAGUCGUUCCUGGGCUCUGACUGCCAGGGGAAUGACGCCCCCUCCCUCUCCUCCUCUUCCAGCCCCCUGUUCCGUAAGAGCAAGAUCCCACGCCCUUUUAACCCUACCAACCCGGCCCCAGAGCCGGAGAGUGCUGCACAGUACCUUCCACGCCCACCGCCGGGGAGACCACCCAGUCGGCUUGCAGCGGAGGGCAGACUGAAGCGUUAUCGUACCCGAGCGGGCAGCACAAGGGACUCAGACCUCCUGACCUGUCUGUCCCAGCUGAUGCACCAUGGUCAGGGUGGUGGAUCUGCCCGCGGUUCCCCCCACCACGGGCACUCCUCAGCCCAGCUUGUAGGCUCCCGGAUGGGCAUGUGUAGCCUGACCAGCUCCCCCCACCACCAUCACCACCGGAGCUCCAGUGCCUCCCCACGCAGCUGUUCCUCUCUACAGCGCUCUGUCUCCUCCUCCCCCUCUCGCCACGAACACCGCGGGGGAGAGCGAGGCAGAGGGGUUUGUUUCGGUCGCUCCUGUUCUCCUCCCAGCUUCUCUGGGUCCCCGCCUCCUCCCCGGCGCUCCUACCCCCACCAUCAGGAGAUUUGCUGCUGCCGCCAGGCCCGCACCGGCUCCCACCACCACCACGCCCUCAAGUGGAAAGUCUGCAGCCGCGAGGAGAGAGAGAGGAAGUGCUCCAGCAAGCUGAGCAGCAGAUAGUGGGUCACUGCUCUGGCCCUGGUCCUAGCCUGACCCAUAGAAACCCCUGGGCCCGUUUAUUCAAGUCUCUCAGAGUAGGACUGCUGAUCUACGAUCAGUUUGGCCUUUUAGGUAAUAAUUAAUACGAUUACAUGUACAAUCGUAUUCAUUAUGACCUAAAAGGUUAGACCGAUCCUAGAUCAGUAGUCUUAUUGUGAGAGGCUUUACGAGUAUGGCCUGGGAGUCAGUGUCGUUGCCACAGCAGAGGGUGGGAUCGGGAUGUUGAUGCAGACCAAACGAUCCUGCUCUGGAUCAAUGAAGACCUGAGGCUUCUGUCAGAGAAUACUGAACAUAAUGUCCCCCCCUCUCCUCCCCUGUCCCCCCCUCUCCUCCUUCACACUUUCUUCUCUAAUUCCAACUAUUUGGUCAUUGUUUAGUCCCUAAUUCAUAUGCCCACUUUAAUAGUUCAUACCUAAUGCGAAAAGAAUCUAUGUGCAUUAUGCUAUGUAUAAGAUGUUGGUGUUCUUGUGAGGUGUUUUCCCUCCUAUCAGCAGUGAAGUGAACACACUUAGCCCUCAUUCAGAAUACCCUAGGUCAGUCAGUGGAUGAGCACUCAUUUAUUCAUCACUCACCAAUUUAAUAUAGACUCAGUCUAUUCUGUUUCCUCUGUACUGACCUGGGGAGUGCAAGGUAUAGCAAGUCUACAUUUAUGGCCAUGAAGCUCCAGAGAAAUGUACACUAUCUACAGAACCUAUUUAUUUACAUCUUGACACACUUGUCACACCAGGUACACACUAACUGAUGACAUCAUCGAUUGAUGUGUCCUCUCUCUCUCUCUCUCUCUCUCUCUCUCUCUCUCUCUCUCUCUCUCUCUGACUUCAGAUGUACAGUGAGUGUCAUUUAUUUCUAAGGCAUUUAAAGCAAUCAAUUGAUCAAUGAUAGAAGUGAUCAGUCUUUUGAGAAGGAAGUGAUCCUUCCUUUAAAACAAUCAUAUAAAAUGUGUGUGUGCUCACACACGUACUUGUGCCUAAUGUGUUGACUGAUCUGGGGAAUCUAAAUGGCAAACUAAAUGUGUGAUUGAACACUAGUUACUGGACCAUGAUUCCCUUUGUAUGCUCCUCUUCAGAAUGGAGUCUGACUUUGUGUCCCAAUUCUCUACCCUUCCUCCCUGGAGGAAUGGUGUAAGAGAUAUGAUGGCAACCCUCCCUAACCUUGCCCAUGCUUACAACCAUCCAAUUCAUUUAAAUAUAUGGAUGGGGGGGGUGGGGGGGGGGGGGGGUGGAUUGGGAUGCCUGCUGAGGAGGAUUGGGAUGCCUGCUGAGGAGAAUUGGGAUGCCUGCUGAGGAGAAUUGGGAUGCCUGCUGAGGAGAAUUAGGAUGCCUGCUGAGGAGAAUUAGGAUGCCUGCUGAUAACACUUAUGGUACUCAUUACCCACUACACUAGUGGUGAAUACUAAGUUAUUAUUAUCAUUCAUGUAUAAUGUGUGCCUUGCCUUGGCACUUUGAGCAGCUUCUGGUUUCACUGCAAAGUAUGUUUCUCAUUUUUAUUCAAGGAGUCUAAUAAGACUAAUUUGUGCCAGCUGCAGACAGACAGUCCUCAUCAUGUGAUUGUAGCAGUCUUAUUCACUACAGACAGACAGUCCUCAUCAUGUGAUUGUAGCAGUCUUAUUCACUACAGACAGACAGUCCUCAUCAUGUGAUUGUAGCAGUCUUAUUCACUACAAGGAAAAGGAAGCCAAGUUAAUGUUUUUAUUUGAUUUAUUCAAAUAACGAUCAUUGUUAUUUAUGAUAUUAAAAAAAGGACAUGUUUUAAACUAAAACGUAGAUAUCCUGUGUUGUAUAAAGUUUAGGACAAGUCCAACAUUUAUGUCAAAUAAUAUCAUACUAUUUAUGUCAGUUUCCCUCCUCCAGUACCCCCAACAGCACACGUUGUUGUAGCCCCGGACAAACACACCUGAUUUAGUUAAUCGAGGGCUUGAUGAUGAGUUGACAAGUUUAAUCAGGUGUGCUUGUCCAGGGCUACAAUAGAAAUGCGUACUGUUGUGGGUACUGGAGGACUGGAGGACUGGAGGAGGGAAACACCGAUUUAUGUCAUAAAUAUCCUAUACCAAAUCAAUGUUUCAAACUUCCAAAGGAUAAAAAACAUGCGAAGAAGAAUGUUGUCUUUGCUUUGUAAUGACAUGUUUUGUGCACUAUUAUUUCAAACAGUUAAUGUAUUGUUUGAGAACCGACCCCAUUUUCUUUACUUCAUAAAGAUUCAAUGAACACUCAUUUAAAACCUCCCUCACCUAACAUUGGUUCUACCUACUACACCCUCUCCCUUAGCCUGAAAUCCAGAACCAGUUUUGUGCUGACAUUCCACUCGUUGUACUCUGUGUCAUUGUCAAGCAUUGGCAUGACAAGGAGUGGUAUGAUAGCAGAAACAGUGAUACGCAGGCUACCUCUCCCCACCCCUCUGCUUGUAAUACACUGUGAUAUAACUAACUCAUGCUUCCAGCACUACUACGCCUUGCAUGCGCUGCCUACCGAGAAAAACAAUCAACCAAUCAGUGAAGUAAGCAGCAUACCAGUUCCCAUAAUGCACUGUGAUUGUCUGAAAGGGACUUAUGUUUGUUGGGUAGUACCACAUGUAUUUUGGUUGGAAUAUUUCAUUUGCUUAGUUUUCCCUUUCGUCUCAUGAUCUCGUUCACUCUUAUCGUCCCACUUGACCCACAGCAUUGGUCUGGUUUCCUAGCUCUCCAAUGCUCACAUCUUAGGACUACUGUACUGACUCAUUACUGAUAAAAAAAAAA